GACAGUUAUCAAAAGUGUUCUUCGAAGAGUUGACCACAAAACAUGUUCUAUGGUAUUAAAUUGAAUAUCAAUUGUUGAGAGGAAUGUUAUUAUCAAACAUUAAUUUAUGAUAUUUAAAAAAAUGUCUCAAGAUACUGUUCCCUCACUAAGUCAAUACUUCGGUGCAACUGGAAAUAAAGAGGACCAAAUCGAUUUUUCCCAGGAGCUCAUUGAAGCCAAGAGUCAAAUUAGUACUCAUUCAAAUGUGGAAGACAAUAAGAAAAGUAAUAAAAAUGAACCAGAAGUUUGUAGGAUAUUUUCAGAAACGCCUUCGCAAUCAAAGGAUCCAACUGAAGCUUUUUUUGAUUUAAUUGGUAGUAGUAAUCAUAUUACUCAUAAUAAAGUUAUUUCAGAUUUAGGCCUACCUUCUACUGAAGAAACUUACAGUAGCUCACGACUUGUGGUAGGUAAUGAAACUGAUAGAAGACGGGAUGCUUGGAUACCUUCAGAAAAUACUAGACAAUGUUUAAUAGCAGCAGCUACUGCUUCACCUGGAACAUAUUUUCCUCAAAGAGAAAUGCUUACUAUGCCUGGAGUUCUUCUUGAAGAAGAAUUAGAAGAUGCUGUAGGUCAGGCUGUCUCAAUGUGUCUUGGAGAAGCAGAGGCUGCACAAAGAAGAGUUUUAAGUGCUAAUGAUGUAACUCAAGAUGAAAGAGGUUUAAGAGAGUUAGUACAAGCAGGGGCAUACAGAGCUGCAAUUAAUUUGACUUCGAGGCUUUUGACUAUAUAUGGACAAGGUCGGGGCCGAGCAGGUCAACCCAGUAAGCAUUCUCCCCAUUCUUUGCAGCUGUGGUUUACAAGAAUUGCAUUAUUGGUUAAAACUAAGGCUUUUAAUAUUGCUAGUGCUGAAGCUGAGCCCUUUGGAAAUGUAGAUAAGCCAGAUAUGUAUUUUCAAUUUUAUCCUGAAAUGUAUGGUGGAAGACUAGGUUCGAUGGCUUCUUUUUCUUUUCGUUUGCUACUUGCAGAAUUGCCUAUGCAUUGUGGAAAAGCUAAAGAAUCAAUAACAAGGUUGUUCAAAGUUUUGGCAACAGUUAGGCAAAUCAUUUCCAACUUGAAACGUGGUCAUUGUGAAGAUGGAAAUCCAAUGGAGCUAACAGAUAGUGAUAAAAGGGAUUCUCUGAGGCUGUGGAACGGUAGGGAGGUCAGAGUAAUGCACUCAAUUAUAAAUAGUUCUCUAGCAGUUAAAGAAUAUGAACUUGCAAUGGACUUAUUGGGUCAACUUUGUGAAAGAGAUGGAGCUCCUAGACCUGCUUUACUUUCUGCAUUGGGUAGAUUACAUUUACAAAUGGGUAACAUACCUGGUGCAGAAGUAUGUUUCAAAGAAGCUGCUGAAAUAAAAGGUGGGCAUAAAGGCAUUAGGGAAUUGGUUGAUAAAGGUCUACUUUCUAUAGCACAAAGUGCUUUUGAUGAGGCAUAUUUAUGUUUUCAAGAAGCAAGUGUUCUAGAACCAUCUAAUGUUAUGAUUUUAAAUAAUAUGGGUGUUUGUCUAUUAUAUGGGGGACAUUUAAAAGAAGCUAUUCAGGCUUUGGAAACGGCAAUAGCUUCCAACCCAGUCCAUGCCUUAAAUGAAUCGUUAUUAUUGAAUUUAUGUACUUUAUAUGAUAUGGAAUCAUCGAAAGGAAGAAUGAAGAAAUUCGCGCUCUUAAGACAGAUAUCUAGGUACCAAGCGGACGCCCCGACAAUGAUUUUGGAAAAACUCUAUGGCUGAAUUGAAACCUUAGUAUUAGUUUAUGGUUUUUCAUUUCUGUGAUUAUUUUUGAAAUAAUGGCAUUCACGCAGUGAUACAGUCCUUGUUAAAAUACUUUAUUUGUGUUAAGUUUUUAAAUAUUUAUAAUCCAAACAUCACCCAACAGUAACUUAUUGUACAUGUUUAAUAUGUUAUAUGUCCACUAAACAUUUCGUCUUUGUUUAUUUGUUUUUAUUUUGUUCUCAGAAAUAUUUUGUGGCCCAAGACACUGUCAGGGCUGAUUCAAAUAUAUACAUCUCUAUUAAGCCGGAACAAAAUUGUUCUAAGUCACAACUUCAUCAUGGCUGUGUGUUCUGUGAUUAGGUUACAUACAAAGUCUUCUCUAAAAUUCAAAACUCUCAGAUCUUAAUCUAAAUACAUUUGCUUUGCUUUUGAAUUAUAACCUGAAUCAAAAUCAGUCCCGUAAAAAACUUGAUAUCUAUAAGUAUCCCCACAAAAAAAA